UAAAGACAAGUGAUUUUCAUGUCUCUAAAAUAUCUAAAGUACAAAAAACCUUCUUAUAUUUACAUAUUCACCUUGUCGAAAUAUUUUUAAUCACAUUUUAAUUAGCACGAAUAAAUUAAGAUGCAGAAUUUUAGCGACAAAAAUCGACACAACAUGGAGUUGCGAUCAACUUCUUCACGAGAGGAAAGGGGCUUUUCAAAUUUUAAUCCGAAGAAAGCACGUGCCCACGCUAACGAUGCUAUGUCGAAAGUUUUCAGGAAUCCGUUGAUUCUCGACGCCAUCUUCACCAAGGUCCCCCUCCCCGAUCUGAAGGCGUUUCGUCUCGUCUCCCGUGAAUGGGCCGACGUCGCCUCCACCUUACUAGGAAAACUGGCUUAUCUCCACACCAACAAGCUUUUCACCUACAAGUGGAUCAAGUUCAGACAGGUGCUACCCGUCAACGACAAACUGACCCGACGCCUCCUCAUCUCCGGCGAAUUCGACAGGUCCAUUCCGUCCAACAAUAAGAAGGCCGACGUUACUGCAAAAGUUCUCACCCACGUGGCGAACGUGUCUCAUUUAACGCGCGAAAUUAAAUUUGUCGCCGCCCGAAAAGAAUUUGUUCCCCCUUUUCUGGAAGGAAUUAGAGUCUUGGGGUCCACAAAAGCGCACGGAAUUAGCAUCCUGAGCGCGUGGGAAGACGAUACCAUGUACACAAUUCCAGCCGAGGCGUGUCGCAAACUAGCCCCGCAACCGGACUUAAGCUCCCUCACUUUCAAAAUUUUUUCAGACUUUAAAAUUUUAUCAGAAAUUUCAUCUUACUCCAGAAACUUAGACCGCAAACAUAACCGCACCACGGGUUGUUACGAAUUUCAACCCUUGGUCCAAAUCUGGCUGGAAGCUGCCCCUAAUCUGACCACGCUGGACGUCGCGGCGUCCCUCUAUCCUAAUUUGGAGGGGUGUAAAAGUCUGAAAAUUCUGAAAUUUAAAUUCGUAACGUGCAAAGUACAUUUUCCUUAUCUCGAUUUGGACAAUGUGACCAAGAUGCUGGGACAGGUGCAGGAUUCCUUGGUCGAGUUGGAAUUAUCGCAGUAUAUGGGGGACGGCUGUGCCGUGAAGGAGACCCAAACUGUUUACGAGCUUCCCGUCAUGUCGAAACUUACCAGUCUGUCCAUCCGUACCGUAAAUGUGUACCGAAUUCGUGGCUUUUUUGAUGAGGACCACUUCCCAAAAUUGAAAACCCUCUCGGUCCACCACGGAUCAGGCAAGUCGUCCUUGUCCUCCCAUCUAAACUUGUGGAGGGGACAUAGCGGAGUUGAAUCUCUCGCCCUGACCAUGGAUUUCUGGACUUCGGGGGACGAGGAGGAUUUCGAGGGAAAAAUUAUCCACUUAUUUCCGGCCGUUAAGGAAUUCGAUUUAACGCUGAAAAACAUAAGUUAUACGUCAAUUCCUACCUUAAACCGGAGUAUAGAAUCGUUCAAAAUGUGGGACUUGGAACGGGUCGACGUUGUCGUGGAUUGGGUGAAAAGAUGCUGCGUGUGGGUUGAAGUUCUAAAAGCUGUGUCCGUUUUUAAAGGAGAUAAAAGCCUCCUCUUUUCGUACAUUGACGUUUCGGAGGACCAAUUUUCUCACCACAUUCAAGAUCUCGUCUUGUACAGUAGAGGAUUUAAGAGGGUAGAAAUCUCGGGGCGUGUGGAACCAGAAUUUAUGGAACGAAUUCGACCCAUUUUUGAAGCCAGUGGUGCACCCAUUUAUUUGACGGAGGCGUAGUUCACAAGGAAAUGGAAAGCAUGGAUUACUUUCGAAUGAGGCAAAAAACUUACUUAUCUCAAACCAUGAAGAUUCCAUAACCUGGAAUGAUGACGCCUGUGUGGAAGGAAAGACUAAACGAAGCGAAUCUAAUAGUUAACAUAUAAACAAGCCGACGCGAAAUUAACAAACCUAAACAUAUAAAUAAACCAGACAAUAAAUCUAUGAUUCUCAAACUUGG